AUGCAUUCCAAGGUUGGUGCUGCGCUGUUCGUCUGGCUCUUUGCUCGCUGGACUGCCUGUGCAUUCGCCUCGAACAUCACCUGCGCUUGCGAGGAGAUUGCCGCAGCCAUCUCGUCCGUGUCUGAUGUUUACUGGCCUCUAGAAUUGCAGUACACGACUGAUAUCUACCACUAUGCUUCGUCUAGCACCGCCCAGGCUGCGUGUUCUGUUGAGCCUGGCACUGCCGAAGACCUGGGUAUCAUACUUCAAAUAUUGGGGAAAACCCGGACGCCGUUCGGCGUGAAAGGUGGUGGCCACAUUAUGAACCCAGGAUGGUCCUCCAGUACAGGAGUGCAAAUUGCCAUGUAUCGUUUCAACGAGAUCAAUUACGAUGCUGCGUCGCAAUCGGUCGAUCUGGGGUCUGGCCUCAUCUGGGACGACGUCUAUGCGGCGCUCGAGCCGUACAAUGUGAGUGUCCUUGGUGGGAGAGUCAGUGGGAUCGGUGUGGCUGGAUUCUCUCUGGGCGGAGGAUAUGCGUGGAAGACCAAUCAAUAUGGGUUGACCGUUGACAAUAUCCUAGCGUAUGAACUUGUGCUUCCCAACGGUACGAUUGUGGAUGUCUCGGAGUCAUCAUGCCCGGAUCUAUAUUUCGGUUUGAAGGGCGGGUUCAACAACUUUGGCGUCGUCACGAAAUUCACUAUGAAGGCAUGGCCGCAAACUGAAAUUUGGGGUGGCGUCAUCGAAAUCGAUGGUUACCUCUACGCGGAGGAUUUCAAAUCCGCGACGGCAAAUUUUUCCACUAACGUCACUGAUCCUAAGGCGACCGUGUUGUUGGCAUACAACUACGCCAUCGGUGUUUACUUGAUGACUGCAAUUAUAUUUUACGACGCCCCUACACCCCCCCGGGGCAUUUUUGACGAGUUCCUCGCGAUCCCGUACUUGUCGAGUGAUGUGUGCACACGUUCAUUCUUGUCACUUGUGCAAGCCUCUCCUUCCAAUAUCACUUCCUUGGAACGUGGAUUCUUCAAUACUGUCUCAUUACAGGCUAUCACACCCACUCUGCUCGAUGUGGUCCACAACGAGAGUCUGUACUGGGGUGCCCUGAUGUCGCUCGACUCCGGCACUCUGAUCAGCUACGACGUAGAGCCCUUCCUGCCAAAUAUUCUCACGCACGGCGGCCCCAGUGCAUUCCCACCCACGCGCAGCGAGCGCUACCUCCCACUGAAUCUCUACUACAGCUGGACGCUGCCAACCUCGGACGAUGCCAUGUACGAUGUGCUCGUGAAGUCCGCGGACACGAUCACGAACGCGGCCAUCGCGGAGGGCCAGGACAUUUCGGGCGCGGCGCUGUAUCCCAACUAUGCGCUGUAUGGGACGGCGGUGGAGAAGAUGUAUGGUGACAAUGCGGGCACCUUGGCUGCGCUGAAGGCGAAGUAUGACCCGGAGAAUGUCAUGGGUCUCGCGGGAGGGUGGAAGUUCUGA